UUUGUAGACAGUCACAAACACUCUCAGUAGCUUGCUUCAAUGAAAUAUAUUUCCAAAAAUUUUCAGUUUCCAAGCAAAAUGUCUGACCUGCUGCAAUGUGUGGAAGAAUUGCCAAUGGAGCCGGUGCUAUCGGAGCUGUCGCUGAAAGCGUUCCGUGGCGGCAACCAGCUGCCAAUCUGGGAUAUAGCCGAGAAGGACUUUCAGAUGCAGAAAGAGGAAUUGGUGGUGCCGCUGCUGCUGCAAAAUUGGGCACAGAAUGAUCCCAGGGAUCUGUUGCUGAGGCUCGGCUCCAAGCAGAUUUGUGUCAAUCGACUGCGUUUCAUGUGCUACUCGAAGUACGCCAUGGAGCACCUGAAGGGUGGACAGCGUGAAUUGGUGUUGCCCGAGGAUCGGGUGCCGCCGGAGGGCUUGGUGCGCACAUGUAAAUGGAUGAACGAUCCAGUUGCAAAGUUGGAGCGUAGCUUUAUUAUGCAAGUGCUGGCGACCGCCUUGUACUUGGAGAUCGAGCCGCUGAUCAAGCAGGUGUGGUUCUGUCUGGAUAUGGUCGAAGAGUUUAGCGAGGAUCAAGCCUUUGGCGUCUCCUACGAGGCACAUCAGCUGGGCAACAUGGUGCCCAUGCUGGGCCUGGACACGACCAUGCUGCAUCGCAUUCAGCGCUUCUUUCUCACUCUCGUCGCCAGCGUAGAGUUUGUUGAGCUGCCAUUGCGGCACGUACGCUGCCUGCUCAGCUCCGAGAAUGUGGCCGUUAAUUCCGAGAAGGAGAUUUUCUAUUCUGCCGUGCGCUGGUUAACUCACGACUGGACGGCACGGGCUCAACACACGGCGACCAUCAUGGAGACGGUGCAUCUGAUGUUGAUGCCACGCGAAUUCAUUAUUGAGCUGCAGUCGCCCUCAACUGAGUCGGCGCCCAGCUGCAUUAUCCAACAGAACGAGUUUCAACAGCUCAUCUACGAGGCCUAUUCGUCUCACACUCUAAUGAUAUUCAACGAUGGUUCAAAACUCUUUGAACAGCUUUACGAUAUAUUCAAAAUCGAGCAGCCUGUGCCGCGGCCUUUUAUCUGCCACGAUCUAUGUCCCUAUCACAGGGCGAAGCCCGAUGAUCCUGAGAAGGACUUUACAUACGACGACUUUUUGCGAUACUUGGGUAUAAUCCAAGCAAGUGGCCCUUCUAACUGGAAGACACUGACCGUUCAACAAAACUCCAGGUCCUUUAAAGUGCCAAAAGAAGAAAGUCUUCCUUCGUCUGAAUCUGUCAGUUUGCAAAAUUAGCUUUUAAAAUAUUGAAUUUCC